AGUGAGGAGCUCUCGAGAGUUUCGAGAGUGUGGCAAUGGCGUCUCAAUUGCAGAAGAUCGAAGGAGACGACUCAGUGCUCCUUCGCGUUACCCAUUCUAAUCUCAAGACCUUCUCCUCCGAUGUCCGCUUCUCCCUACAGACGACCGUGGAGGGCGUCAAGGAUAAGCUAUGGCGGAAAUGCGGAACUUCCGUGAAUUCGAUGUCUCUAGAGCUUUACGACGACACCAAUUCCAAAAUCUCAAAUUUGUCUGAUAAUUCCAGACCUCUUGGAUUCUAUUCUCCUCUCGAUGGGUAUCGGAUACACGUGAUAGAUCUGGACCCGUCGUCGGUGACGUCCGGUGGGUGGUUGGAGGACACUUCGCUUGUCGAGAAGUACAAGAUUUCAGAUGAAGAUUACCAAAAACGCGAUGGCACUUUCAGAAAAUUCAAGGAAAAAAUAGCAUCUCAAAACCCAUCAGCUUUUGAGCUAAAAAUAUCAGACAAUCACAUGGAGGACAUCUCCACAAAUAUCAAGGUAGGAGAUAGAUGUGAAGUUGAACCAGGGGCAAAAAGAGGUGUUGUUAAAUUUGUGGGUCAGGCAGAAUCUCUGGCACCUGGUUUUUGGGUUGGAGUCCAAUAUGAUGAACCAUUAGGAAAACAUGAUGGCAUUGUGAAAGGUACGCGUUACUUUGAAUGUCCUCCACUUCAUGGCGCAAUGGUUAGACCAGACAAAGUAAAGGUUGGUGACUUCCCUGAACGAGAUCCUUUCGAGGAGGACGAAAUUUGAGUAGGUCAUUUCGCAUCCUUACUUUGUAACCUUCUGUAAUUUGUCACCAAUGCUAUCCUUUCGGGUGAGGGAUUGAUGGUUAUGUAUCAGUGCAAAAUAAGGAUUGAAAAUUCAAAAUCCGUAUUUUUAGCCUGCUACCUCUGAUCGGUUAUGUAUACUUUUUGAAACUAGUUAAGCGAGCUGAAAUAGUCGUGUUGAAAAACUCGGUAGCAGCAUUCAAGAAAAAUGGUUAUUCUUAGCACAAGUGUGUGAUUCAGUUUC